AUAAUUUAUUAAAAAAUGUCGACAACAAUGACAUUACCGAAGAUGAUGGAAGACAAYAUUGUCAUCAGUGGUAUGAGUGGCCGAUUCCCAGAAUCMGAUUCUACCGAUGAAUUUGCAAAUAAUUUAUACAAUGGAGUCGAUAUGAUUACCGCCGAUGAGCGCCGUUGGCCAAAAGAUUUAUACGGAAUGAAUACACGAAUGGGAAAAAUAAAAGAAAUCGACAAAUUUGACGGCAAUUUCUUUGGUAUUAUGCCUACAAUGGGUGACACCAUUGACCCGCAGUCGAGAAUCCUUUUGGAGACCACCUAUGAGGCUAUCAUUGACGCCGGUAUAAAUCCACAGACACUGCGUGGUUCAAACACAGGUGUUUAUAUCGGGUAYACAACUUUCGCAAUGCCUGAGGGCAUACCAGAGGAGGUACAGCCAGACUCGCAGAAUUCAUUGACCGAAACAUUGCUAUGGAUACCGGGAAACUCCAAGUGCUUGUAUGCCAAUCGCAUAUCAUUUGUGUUUGACUUUAAGGGUCCGUCAUUAGUGACCGAUACGGCCUGUUCGUCCAGUUUAGUGGCAUUCAAUCUGGCCAUCAAUGAUCUUCGAUUAGGAAAGUGUGAUCAGGCAAUAGUCGGUGGCUCACAGAUAAAUCUUCAGCCCUUCACUAAUCAUGUUUUCCAAACUACAAGACUCAACAGUUUUGAUGGCAUUCCUAAAGUAUGGGAUGAAUCUGCCGAUGGAUUUGUUAGAGGAGAGACAGUCGCUUGUCUUUUCCUCCAAAGAAAGAGUAAUUCAAAGCGUAUUUAUGCCACAGUAUUGAACAGUGGUGUCAACAUUGAUGGCAACAAAACUAUGGGAAUGUUUUUYCCUUCUUCUGAAGGACAGGAAGAUCUAAUGAUUAAAGUUUGCAAAGAAGUUAAUGUGAAUCCAUUGGAUGUCAAUUAUUUUGAAGCUCACGCCACAGGAACUAAGGCUGGCGAUCCUCAAGAGGCGAAAGCCAUAUACAAUGCUUACUGUAAACUACCGAACCGUUCGGGAACUCUACCCAUUGGUCUAUUAAAGAGUAAUAUAGGACACACUGAGAGUGCAUCGGGUAUAUCAUCGGUGAUCAAAGUUCUGAUGUCAUAUGAAAAUGAAUGCAUUUCCAAGAAUCUUCAUCUCAAUAARAUCAAAGCCGCCAUUGCAGACAUGUGUCCGCCAUUGGUUCCAAUUCAAGAAAAUUUUAAAUACUCACCCGGCAUCGCUGGUGUCAAUAACUUCGGUGUCGGCGGUGUUAACGCACACGUAUUACUUGAGCCCAACUAUAAAGUGGUCGACGACUACCAGUUCAAKAUUGCUGAUACUAUUCCCAGAAUUAUUAAUAUUUGCUGCAGAACUGAAUCGGCAUUAAAUCAAAUGUUUGAUUUCAUUGAGAAAAACCCAACAAAGAUUACCCGCGAUUUUCUGGCUCUUUUGACCGACACUAUGAAGAUUAAGUCAGUCAUUAAUUCAACUGGACUUCCCUUUAGAGGAUCAAUGAUUAUUAAACAAUUAGACUCUAAGAGCAACCAAUUUGAGUACAAAUAUCAUAGACAACAUUCAAUGUUUAUGGAGAAGAAUGCCAGACCUAUUUGGUUUCUAUUCCCUGGUCUGGGAGGACAAUGGGUUGGUAUGGCUAAGGCAUUGAUGCCAAUCAAGAUAUUUGCCAAUAAAAUAGAGGAAUGCCAUGAAAUACUCAAACAAUUUGGAAUUGACUUAAAACAUCUGCUAUUAUCUGACGACAAUAACUCCAUGUCCUCAAUGACUAAUAAAUUCUGUGCCACAACUGCUCUGGAAAUAGCAUUGACUGACUUAUUAUUAGAGCUCAAUAUAGUACCGGACGGUAUAAUUGGUCACUCAUUUGGCGAGAUUGCCUGUGCCUACGCUGAUGGCUGUCUGACUACAAAAGAGGCACUAUUUAUAACAUACAUUAGAGGAGCAGUCACUGAGAAUGACAAGAAAAUACCAAAAGGUUUGAUGGCUGUGGUGGGGAUGUCAUGGAGUGAAGCAAAGAAAAUAUGUCCCAAAAGUGUUAGCGUUGUUUGCAAUAAUUCAAAUGAAACGAUUGUGUUUUCAGGUCUCUAUAAUGAAAUGAAAGAACUGAUUGAAUCGUUGAAAAAGAAAGGACUAUUUGUUCGCGAACUUCAAAGUCAUGACAUCCCAUAUCAUAGUCCAUAUCUGAUAACUUCGGCAAAGAAGAUGACCGACGAAAUCAAGAAAUGGGUUCCAAAUCCUAAACUCAGAUCAAAAAAAUGGAUUUCAACAGCAAUUCUUGAGUCGGAACCUAAAGACGAACAGCUCAAGUAUGCGUCGGCAGAGUAUUUCGUGCAUAACCUAAUAAAUCCCGUAUAUUUCUAUAACAAAUUAAACCAAAUCCCGAAGUAUGCUAUUGUGAUUGAGAUCGGACCGCACGGUCUGUUCGCUAAAACAAUAACCCAAUCGCUCGAGUCGUCCACCUAUUUGUCACUUAUUAAGCGUGACUCCAAUGACACCAAUUUAGACAAUUUUAUGUCAGGUUUGGCCAAAUUGUAUGAACUGGGAAUCAAUCCGUCCAUUGAAAAUCUAUACCCUAAAGUUGAGUGGCCAGUGGCUAGAAAUACACAGUCAAUCAGUUCGCUGAUGUGUUGGGAUCACAAUAAAAGUUAUUUUGUGCGCAAAUAUCCCGAUUAUUAUUUCAAAAGCAGUGCCUCAGAUAUGACAGAAGUGAUUAAUCUUUCGAGACAAUUAAAAGCUUAUUUACCCGAUCACUCUAUCGACGGUAAUAUGCUAUUCCCGGCAACCGGUUAUCUGAUGCUUGUAUGGCGACAUUUGGCCGCUAAAAAGGGUCAGAUAUGGAAUCAGAUACCAGUUGUUUUUGAGGACUUACAGCUCAGACGACCCGUAUUUUUAUCGGACUCUGAGGUCACCAAACUUAAAGUGAAAAUAUUUGAAAAUACAGGCGAUUUUGUGGUACAAGAAAACAACAACACGUGUUGUUUGGGUAAAAUUCAUUGUCCCGAUCAAGACUUCCUAUGCGUUCAAAAUAUAAUUCAUGACGUGUUAAGUGAAAAGCCGUCGGAAACAGAGAUAACAUUAACCACUAAUGAUAUCUAUAAAGAUUUGAAAGCCGUCGGCUAUGAUUACGGCCCMUAUUUUAGAGGUCUGAAAAAUAUCAAAACAGACAACUUUUCAUCACUUAAGGGUCAAGUGGAAUGGGAUGGUAAUUGGGUUACAUUCAUGGACUCAUUGUUGCAAACAAUGGCWGUGGCCAUGCCUUUCCGUAAACUAAUGGUUCCGGUUAUGAUCAAACGUUUACGUUGUGACCCGAAAGUACUUUUUGAGGCCGUGGCGGCAAACAAGGUGGCCGUCAACGAGGAAAAAGUGUUCGACGAAGAACAGGUGUUUAAUAAUGUUGUCGAUAUGGAACCAAAAARUGAUAAUAUGGAGCAAGACUUGGAAACCAUACUCGAKAUCGACAAUAAAGACUUCUUAGAAGGUGUUAUUGGCUCCCGAUUUCAUGUCUAUAAAUCGGUUCUACCGUUUUAUGCCAAUAUGAACUCACGUAUGAUUGUCACCCAUGGAAUCGAAGUCGAAGAUUUGAUGGCACUUCCAAUUCCACGCAAAACCAAUGUUCAAGACUUGAAACUUGAAUCCUAUCAAUUCGUUGCCAAUAAUGAACAAAACUGUAUCGAUCGGUGCGAUAAACAAAAUGUCUUGAAUUAUCUGAAGAUCUGUUCUACAUUGGCAUCAAAAGCCCGACAAAUCCUUGAUAUUGAAGACUCACUUUGGAUGGACUCCAAUGAGUUUUCAAUAGAAAUUAUGGAUAAAAGACUUCAAAGCAUUGAAAAAAAUGAGAUAAUGCUUAAGAUAUUAGGAAAACUCAGCGAUAUAUUGAAAGAUGAAAAUAGAAAUUUUGAUUCAAAUUCAAUUAGUAAAAUGUUAACUGAUMUYCAAAUGCAACCCGAGUUUGAYAUGAAUAUGGAUGUCAUUAAUCAGGUGUCCACUAAUGAACACUUGAUUCGUACACUUCUCGAUAUUGUGAGCGAAAAUUAUGURCCGAAAAAAGAUAUUAAAGUUUUGGAGAUUAAUCUGASCAAUGCUUUAAUGGCWCAAGAAAUUGAYAAUCAAUUGGCCUCAGCAGCCAUUUAUCCAAUUGAUGUCAACUAUACUAUUGCUACCAAAUGUAUUGAUAAUAUAAAUGAUGAAUACAAGAAUAAGUCGUUUAAAAUGACUGAAUGGGACUAUAAAUCUUCGGCAUUUCCAUCAGAUAUAUCACAACUCGAACUCAUUAUAAUGAAAGACACACAAGACUUAAAAGAUGUCAAACUUGAUGUUUAUCUUCAAGAAGCUUACGAUGCAAUUGUUUCCAAAGGAUUCUUGUUAUCAGUUUUUAAGUACAAAUACACUGAACCGGAACUACUGUUAAAUUCAAUGAAUGGACGCAAAAAUAUGGAAAACAUUGAGUUAGAGAAGAGAAUCAAUGACUUCACCACAACUGCCAUUCAAAUGGGUUUCAAAGAAAUCGGUAGAAAAUAUGAUUCAAUUAAUUCAAUGGCUGUACUCUUUAGAAAGAUUGAAACCAAACCAACGGUUCCGGAAAAACACAAUAUCAUUGAAAUCAAUGCAAGCGAUAUGUCAUGGUUUGAGACAUUGAAAACAAGAGUUACAGAAAAUAUUGACACAAAAGAUAACAUUUGGCUCAUUGCUAAUGACUCACAACAUAAUGGUAUCGUUGGUCUAAUCAAUUGUCUUCGUCUGGAACCGGGAGGCGAUAGUCUUCGUUGUCUUUUUGAUUGCAAUUCAAACAAAUCUUCGAUCAAAUUCACAGAAAAACCAUAUUCAGACAUUUUGAACAAUGAUUUGGCAAUAAAUGUAAUAAAUGAAAGAUUAGUCGGUACUUACAGACACAUAACUUUACCYAAAAAUUAUGACAAAAUCCCAUCAAAUGAGUACUUCUUGAAUAUCGGUCUAAACAGAGACUUAUCUCAUCUUCAAUGGUAUGAUUCACGACAUAUCGUCACAACCGAUGAAUUUUACGAUUUAUGUAAUGUUCGCAAACAUAAAAUAAGAUGUCAUGUCUAUAGUAGUGGACUUAACUUCAGGGAUGUCAUGUUAGCCACGGGUCGACUUAUGUCUGGUCCGGAAAGUCUAUUCACAGAUUGUGUUUUAGGCUUUGARUUCGCCGGUCGUCGCACUGAUACUGGAGAGCGUGUCUGUGGUUUCGAUAUGAGUCGUUGUUUUGGUACAACUAUUGACGCCAAUGAAGAUCUUAUUUCAACAAUUCCUGAAAACUGGUCGAUGGACGACGCAAUYACUGUAUUGAGCACUUAUAGUACGGUAUGGUAUGGACUUAUAGAGAGGGCACAACUGAAGAAACAUGAAAGUGUUUUGAUUCACUCGGCAGCCGGKGGUGUGGGACAGGCGGCCAUCAAUGUGUGCCAAAAGUAUAGCUGCGAUCUCUAUGUAACUGUUGGUACGGAAGAUAAGAAACAAUUUUUAAUGAGUGAAUACAAUAUACCAGAAAACAGAAUAUUCAGUUCACGUGAUAUUCAGUUUAAGUAUAAAAUUAAGGAAUUGACUGAUGGAAAGGGAGUCGAUUUGGUACUUAACUCUUUGACCGGUGAAAAACUUGAGGCCAGUUAUGAAUGUGUUGCCGAUUGCGGUCGCUUUGUUGAGAUCGGCAAAUAUGACUUACAAAUGAACAAACAAAUGGGAAUGUUUGCCUUCUUAAGGGAUAUCUCUUUCAUCGGUGUUUCCGCUGAUCGUAAACUGUAUUURACUCAAGGAUUUGGCCAACAAUUCUUCAAAUGGAUGCACGAAAACUCUAAUAACGGURUUAUUAAACCAAUUAAUAGGACUGUAUUUAAGGCAGAAGACGCUGAAAAGGCUUUCCGUUAUAUGACAACCGGUAAACACAUGGGAAAGAUUAUCAUUAAAACCAGAGAUGAAGAAACUUAUAGAAAACCUAUGCUUGAUAUCAAACCGGCCACUGAAUUGAUGGCAACCUAUAAGACAUACUUUGAUCCCAACAAAUCUUAUAUAAUAACUGGAGGUUUGGGUGGUUUUGGCAUUGAAUUAGUUCAUUGGAUGCUGUUUUUGGGCGCCAGAAAACUGGUACUCACAUCAAGACAUGGCGUGCGAACUGAUUAUCAGCGAUAUGUUUUGUCUCGGAUCAAGUCUUUGGGCAAUAAAUUCAAAAUGUUUGACUCAAACAUUAUUGUCUCGACUCAAGACACGCAAACAGUUGACGGAACGAAAAAACUGUUGAGUGAAACACAAGAGUUGGGACCCAUUGGCGGUGUCUUUCAUUUGGCUCUUGUACUCAAUGAUUGUCUUUUAGAAAAGCAAACUAUUGAUGGUUUUUGUGAAACUAUUGACUCGAAAGCUAAGACYUUUGAGAACUUGGAUCGCAUAACACGUCAAAUGAGUAUAGAUUUAGAUUAUUUUGUUGUCUUUUCGUCCGUCGCUUGUGGUAAAGGAAAUGCCGGACAAUCCAACUAUGGAUACGCCAACUCUGUAUGUGAACGCAUAUGUGAGUCCCGACGUAAUGAUGGACUGCACGGUCUGGCCAUUCAAUGGGGACCUAUUGGUGAUGURGGUGUGCUGUCUGACACUGAGAUGAGUUCAUUGUCGGGAAUCGUCAAACAGCGGAUCAAUUCAUGUCUUGAAAUCUUUGACAAAUUACUUCAAACAUCACAAGCCGUGGUUUCUUGUGUGGUUAGAGCUAAACGCGUGAAACAUUUGGGUAGUCGAGAGUCAAAGAUUGUCAAUCAGGUWUGGCAGGCAUUGGGUAUCGAUCCGCGCACUACACCCGAUCACUUGACUUUGGGUGAGAUCGGUAUGGAGUCUAUGUUUGCCGUUGAGUUACAACAGGGAUUGGAUAGGGAUUACGGAAUAAAGUUGACUAUGAAUGACAUCAAAUCAAUAACAGUCCGACACAUCAAAGACUUUGAAACUGGAAAAGUGGAACAAUUCAAGAAAUUUGCCGAAGAGUUACACAAUGCCAGAGAAAAGUUGGCAAAAGUCAAGUUUAUUAUUCCUUCCGAUGCCUACACACCGUUAAACAGUGUGCGCACCGGUAAUCCCGUAUACUUCUUGCCCCCACUCGAGGGUAUAUUUGCUUCACUCGAAGGAUUGGCAGAACAAAUCAAUCGACCGGUAAUUGGAUUGAAUUGGACUAAAGAUAUGGAAAAAAUAACAGAUGUGAAAGAGAUCGCCAAUUAUUAUACAAAACUAUUGAAGACACUCCACCCGAACGGAAACUUUGACAUUGUUGGCCACUUUUACGGUGCACUAGUUGUGUCUAAAAUGUUGAAGAAAGCACCGAUACGUCGGGCCGUUAUUAUUGACACUCUGACUGAUCUCGAUAUGGAAGAAGACUUGAGUGACGAUCAGGCAAUCAUUGAAAUGAUAACCAAAUUCAUCUGCAAAGAUAUGCCUAAAGCAAUCAAUGAGAAACUCAUACGAGAAGUUCGUCAGAAACCAGAUGUCAAUUCAAAGCUAAACAAAAUCGCUUCAGAGGUUCGCGAGUUUGUCGGCAAAGGAUUUAUGGGUCGCGACUUAGACGCUAUACUCAUGCAAUCAUUCAAAAGGGCAAAAUUGUUUAGCAAUUAUCGGUUAAUGUUGAAGAGUAAAUACCGUCAAAUGAAGUACACGGCCGGCAAACGGUAUCUCGAAAUGACCGGCAAAUUGUUGAUCAUUAAACCCACCUGUAGUCAGGAUAACACAGAUAUUACCGAAACUGAUUUAUCCGACAGAAUUAGAGACUCAUAUUUCUUACCCGAAAAGGGAUUGGAGGGAAAGUUAAACUUUGAAACCGUCAAAACCAACUCCGAUAGUGUCAUGAAUAUGAUGUUUCAUCAAAUCGCCGACACUAUGAAUAAAUACCUGUCCGUGUGAUUGCAUUUAAUUGAAUGUUUGACAUUAAUAUUUUAAUAUAAUUUUUUGUUUUAUAUAUAUAUAUUUCAAUAUUCAUUUUAUU